AUGGCAAAGCAAGAGGGAAACACUUGCCCUCAGCGAUUCGUUGAAGAAAUCGAUUAUGGUGAAAUCGAGUUAUUUGAGGUUGUCGGAAAAGGUUCAUUUGGAGUUGUCAGAAAAGGAAAAUGGAGAGGAAUUUAUGUAGCAAUAAAACAUAUUGAUGGAAUCGAAGAAAAAAAAGCUUUUGCAACGGAAAAAAAUCAACUAUCAAGAGUUUCCCAUCCUAAUAUUGUUAAACUAUAUGGAGCUUGUACAAUAAAUCCUGUUUGUCUUGUAAUGGAAUAUGCAGAAGGUGGUUCUCUAUACAAUGUAUUGCAUUCGAAACCUGGGCCUAUUUAUACAGCAGGACAUGCUAUCAGUUGGGCUUUGCAAUGUGCAAGAGGGGUUGCUUAUUUACAUAAUAUGCAGCCUCCAUUAAUCCACAGAGAUUUAAAGCCACCAAAUUUGCUUUUAGUACUAGGUGGAACUGUUCUUAAAAUAUGUGAUUUUGGAACAGCAUGUGAUAAAAAAACUUACAUGACAAAUAAUAAAGGAAGUGCAGCUUGGAUGGCUCCCGAAGUUUUCGAAGGUAGCAAUUAUACAGAAAAAUGUGAUGUGUUCAGCUGGGGUAUUAUUCUUUGGGAAGUUUUAAGCAGGCAAAAACCUUUCGAUGAAAUUGCAGGAUCAGCUUUCAGAAUAAUGUGGGCUGUUCAUACAGGGCAAAGACCUCCUCUUCUAGAAGGAUGUCCAAAAUGUAUUGAAAAUCUUAUGAAAAGCUGCUGGUCUCAAGAUCCAUCUUUACGUCCUUCUAUGAAUACAGUUAAAGAUAUUAUGGAAGAUUUAAUAACAAUGUUCUCAGGCUACGAUUUGCCAGUAAAAUAUUUAGAAGACGAUUACAAUUACGAAGGUGAAAACGUGUCGUGCGAAGAGGACACAAUAGAAUUUCCUUCUUUUUCCCCAACCCCAGAUGAGGGUCGAGAUGCUGUGGAUCACCACAUAACCAAAACAUGGGAAUCGUUCGAUUCGAAACUUACCACUCCUGUUCAUUUAAAUAUAGAUACACACUCAAAAAUAUGA